AGCUCUCUUCACCAGCCUUUGCUUGCUUGUCACACGCACGCUCCACACAAACACAUCUAGCUAGCUAGUCAACCGAGAGAGGAAGGAGACUUAGCUCGAGAUGCCAACGACAAUCGUGACCGCCGCGACGGGGGUGAUGAAUCCCCUCAUCGGCAAGCUCACCAAGCUGAUGGGAGAUGAGUACAAGAAGCUCAAGGGAGUGAGGAAAGAAGUGGCUUUUCUCAGGGACGAGCUCAGCGCCAUGAAUGCUGCCCUUGAGAAGCUGGAGUUCAUGGAAAAUGUCGAGCCAAAUACCAAGAACUGGAGGGACCAUGUCAGGGAGAUGUCCUACGACAUGGAGAACUGCAUCGAUGACUUCAUGCAGGAUAUUGGAGGUGCCGACGCCAACGCCAGUGCAGGUUUCAUGAAGAGGAUGUCUCGGCGCCUGAAGACGCUAAGGGUGGGUCACCGGAUUGCCGGCCAGAUCGAAGAUCUCAAGGCUCUUGCACUAGAGGUGAAUGAACGGCGAAUAAGAUACAAGAUUGACAACUGCAAUGGACCUGUGAAUAUAGAUCCGCGGAUUUCAGUGAUCUACAGAGACGCUGUUGGAGUUGUGGGUACUGAUGGCCCAAAGAAGGAGGUUCUCAGUUUGUUAACAGACACCGAGAAGAAGCUCAAGGUGGUGUCCAUCGUGGGAUUCGGAGGACUUGGUAAAACUACCCUUGCUAAUCAGGUGUAUGAUGAUCUCGAAGGGCAAUUUGAAUGUAAUGCAUUUAUUCCCGUCUCUCAAAAACCAGACAUGGCACGGCUUCUCAAUAGCCUAAGAUUAAAGAUUGGGAUAAAUGAGUCAUCUGGUAUUUGUAAGAUGGAAGACAUCAUCGGUCAACUUAGAGAACACCUUGCAAACAAGAGAAUGAAGCCCCUUGGCUCUGAAGAUUCAAGAAGGUUAUUCAUGAACAGAGUAUUUGGGCCUGAAAACAUGUGUCCAUCUAAUUAUGAAGAAGUCUUAAAUGAAAUUCUGAAGAAGUGUGGCGGGCUGCCACUUGCAAUCAUUACGAUAGCUAGCCUAUUAGCUUGUCGUCAAGAAAGAUCAAGGAAAGACUGGGAGAACAUAAAGAAUUCUCUGGGUGCCCAGUUUGCCAUAAACCCCACACUGAAAGAGAUGAGGAGUAUAUUGAACCUCAGCUAUAUGAAUCUUCCUAUUCAUCUCCGCACUUGUUUUCUUUACCUUGGUAUGUACCCAGAAGACUAUGAGAUUAUGAGGGAUGAUCUAGUCCGAAAAUGGAUAGCGGAAGGCUUUAUCAGUAAUUUAUAUGGAACGAAUUUGCAUGAUGUUGGGAUAAGUUAUUUCAAUGAGCUAGUCAAUAGAAGCUUGAUUCAGCCUGUAAUAACCGAAUACAAGGGGGUAUUUUGCAAAGUACAUGAUAUGAUGCUGGAUUUGAUCCUUAGCAAGUGUGCAGAAAAUAAUUUUAAUAUUCUGGCAUAUACUUCUGAAGACAUGGCAAGACUGCGUGUCUGCGCGUACAAGAUCCGCCGGUUAUCCACAGGAACAACAAGAGAAACAAUACCAUGGACGGUCUCAGAUAGCACAUCACAACUUCGGUCAUUGGUGUGGCUCGGAUAUUGCAAGUCCAUACCUUGUCUUUCUCAGUUCAAGUAUAUCCGUGUGUUAUCCUUUGAAUGUCCAGAUUUACCUGGGAGUUCACAUCUGGACUUCAUUGCUAUCAGCCAAUUGUUUCAACUGCGGUAUUUAAAGGUUUCAGAUUAUUGCUAUGCAAAGCUUCCCACUGAAAUUCGGGGGCUUGUGCAUUUGGAUACGUUGGAUGUACCAAAUGGAAACAUCCCAUCAGACAUAGAGCACUUGCCCUGCUUGUCUAAUCUGACAAUGGGUGGGUAUGGGAUGUUGGGGUUACCUGAAAGGAUCGGGAUCAUGGAAUCACUUCGCACACUCGAUGGUUUCAAACUGGAGAGGAGUUCGCUGGAGGCUCUUGAGGGCCUUGGUAAGUUGACGAAUCUGUGGAGUCUGAAGCUUUAUCACUCUGCUGAUGAUGAGUGCAAUCUGCUGGAGAAGGCAGCGAAGUUUGAUGCUUUUGUCUCUACUAUUUGUAAGCUACGCAACCUCAAAUAUCUCAUGAUGAUAGGCGAUCAUGAUGAUAAGGAUGACAUUUUAGCCUCAGUUUCAGAUCCUCCCGCCCUUAUCGAGGAAAUGUACCUUACCAGCUGGAGGAUGUUGGGAGUUCCUAAAUGGAUCCGUGAUCUCAGUUGCCUGCAUAGCCUGGGAUUAUCUGUUACGGAGACGGAAACUGAUGCGAUUACUGUUCUUGGAGGACUACCAUCACUCGUCUACCUCCUUCUUGAAGUCGUGACAUGCCCUAAAGAAGAUGCUGUAAUCGUCAGCAAGGGAUUAUUCCCAAAUCUGGAGCGCCUUACAUUCAUCUCGGAAGAAGAUGUUACGGCAUUUCUGGGUUUCGAGGCAGAAGCAAUGCCUAAGCUACGAGAGCUCAAUCUGGAACUCACUGCGCCGUCGUGGGGUGGAGCUGCACCAGUCGGCAUCGAGCACCUCUUGGCCCUCCAGCAGAUCAGUUUUAUUGUCUGCUGCAACCAUGAGGAAUCUCUUGAACAAGUGAAGCUCAAAGGCCUGUCUGUGUUUAGGAACGCCGUGCAACUGCACUCAAGCCGUCAUUCCAUGGAUAUUAACUGUUACCCCUUCUAGCGAGUGAAGCAUGAACGGCAUCGAGCACCUCUUGGCCCUUCCACCGAGCAGUCUAGCUCUGGACGGCCCCUAUUGUAACUUUCAGCGUUUCCUCUGCUAUAUGUUGUAUACUACUGUUUUCCAUUCAUUUUUCGUUCGUGUUUAAUGUCUCGGGUGUUGUUACAUCAGUAUCUCCGAUGUACUAUGAGAGGGUAUGGAACCUCAACUAUUCAUUUAUAAUUUCCACAUGCAUGUUGAUGUGUAUCCAG